AGCUCCCUGCUUCAUUCGAACACAGUAGCAACACAAAGAGAGAAGCAUCACCACAGAGCAUCUGAAGACACUGACACAGCGUCGCAGCCGAGUGUUUUAGCUGCUAGAUUUCCCCCCCAAACGAAGCAAGUUGUGAACUCUGUGAGAUCACAGUUGAGCAUAGCAUGGUGGACUACACGACUGCACCAGGGGACUUGGAGAUGGGUCUUGAGGCGAGGACGGUGGUUCUGGUAGAAAAGAAGUCGGCUACGGGGUGGAUGUGGAAGGUGAUCAGGGCCCUUAUCAUUAUGGCCCUUUGUUCAGGAGGCGUCCUGCUCUUUGCUUGGCACUGGAACGGGUCAGAGAUGAGGACGCAGUCAAGCCAAACAGAGGCCCUGGUCGUGAAGGACUCUGCUGAGAAAACAGAUCCCCACUCCACGCUGAGGCAAAUCAGCAGCAAUGCCAAGGCAGCCAUCCAUUUAGAAGGUAGCUACGACGAGGACGUGAGCUCACAGGACAAGCUGGAGUGGAAGAACGGUCAAGGCCAAGCAUUCGCUCAGGGCGGCUUCCGGCUGAUGGAGAACCAGAUCAUUAUCCCACAAACCGGCCUUUACUUCGUCUACAGCCAGGCGUCGUUCAGGGUCUCCUGCGACGAUGACAGCAAGGACGGAGCGGGAAAACGCCUCACACCCCUCAGCCACAGGAUAUGGCGGUACUCGGACUCCUUAGGCUUCAACGCGUCUCUGAUGAGCGCGGUGAGGUCGGCCUGCCAGACGGCCGCUCAGGGGGACAGCCACAGAGAUGGACAGGGCUGGUACAACACCAUCUAUCUGGGUGCAGUGUUCCAGCUGUAUAAAGGAGACAAACUGUGGACGGAAACCAACAUGCUGUCCGAGCUGGAGACCGAGGAGGGCAAGACCUUCUUCGGUGUGUUUGCACUUUGAAAUGACUCUUUGUCGUGGCACUAAUUGAAAGCUCAAACGUUCGUCAUUUUGUUUUAGUAUUGUUUUUAUUGUCAUUACUAUUCAUCCUCAUGGUGAUGUAGAAAUGUUUAAAUCUCAAUUGAGAUAAAAACGUGUGCCGAUUGAAAAAAUAAUCCUAUGAACUGUAACAGUUUGCAACCAUACUUCUAUUUUAAGGCACUUUUUUUUGGUACAUUAUUUAUGCUGACCUGAGAUUGUAGUAAACGAGACUUCCUCUGCUUUAGCAGAUGACGACACAGCUCUUCACUGCAGAGUAAGGGUCCAAGGAUAAUGAGGAUUAUGCACAUAACUAUUAUCUGUAUGUAUUUAUUUAUAUUUAUUUAUAUUUAAAAUGCUGGGACUCUGUGUUAAUUAUUAUAUUUAUGUAUUUAUGUGCUUUCUGUUCACUUAAUUAAAAGAAGAAGGAGAAGAAAGAAAAUGACAAUUUU